CCUGUUUUUUGCUCGCUACCCAACCCAAUCAUCAACCGCCACGAGAUGGACGUGAGAUUGAUGUGCUACUGUGAUGCUCACUAACGCAAGUGAUCACAAACAUAGUUCAUGCAAUGGCAGAACUUUGGUUGUGGAGAGGGAGGACUUCUCUCUCGUCAGUACUUUGGUUGGGCAGCAAGAGCCCUACUCUCUUUCGCCACAAUCCGGUUUUGGUCGAAUGCAUACUGACUGUGACUGUUCUUUUGCUCGCGGGUAUAGCUCAGUCGAUGUAGGGCUUAAAUCCCAUGCGAAGUUCUUCUUUGCGCCGGACAUUCUGUUCUUCUCUCGACCCCAUCUCUACUUGAUGUACAACUAAUAUGUAAAUAGUAUGAAGCCACCUAAAACUGAUCUUUUGACCUGUUUCAUUUAUAGCUAUACACUCAAUAUUGACCACACAGUCGAGCCUUUGAACUGAAAAGCCACUGAAAUGUCUACAACAUCUUAUCAGACCAACGCCAAACCCCGAAGUCGGCGUGGCAGCCUCGGUGAAAGCUCUGAUCGGCAACCCGGCAGUCGCCCAUCCAGUUCGCCUUCUUUGAGGUUGUCCAAAACUCUUUCACGGACUCUUGAUGAGGUUUCAGUCCCAAGAAACAGCAGGCCAACGUCGCCUGCUGUGUAUGUUUAUCGACCAAGAGGUCACGACCACAGGCAGUCUGACCCUCUUUUGAACUCAUCCAGACGUUCUGGAAGCUCCAUCAGAUCCACAAGGUAUAUCGAUUCAGUUAUCGAGAAUGAUAGACCGAGGGUCACAGAGCCUAUAAGACAAGGCACUAUCAUCGCGAACUCAUCCCAACUCUCGAGUCAAACGGUCGAGUCUGCUUCGGACGCUGCUGUGAACGCACAAUCGCACCCUGAGCAGCUGUCACCUCCAUUAUCUCCUACAAGCACCGAGACUCUCGACAGCGAUGACACAAAUACAGAACCCACUCGAUCAUUGUCAUCUCGAUCCAUUCACUCAAUGCAACCCACUGUAGCUGAGGAAUCGGAGGAAAUAGUGACGGCUGUUCUUGGGACCAGCUCCCCGGGAUCAUCAACUGUCUUUCCGGUCUCUUCUCCGACAAUAGCGACGUCGUCAAAUGCCUUGCCCAUCCCUAUUGUACCAGGCGCCUUUCCUCCUACAGCUGCGACGGAUCCAGAUCUCGGCUUGGCCGAUCCUAAGUCGAUGGUCACGGCCGCAGCAGCUGAGCCUCAGGUCCAGGAUCCCUUGCUCGCGCCCACUCCAAAGGCAUCAAUAGCCUUCAUCGACCUGGGCGACACCGGAGAAGUCGAGAGCACCGUUCCCAUAACCAAUAAUUCUGCUCCAGAUAAAGCAACUUCAGAUACCAAAUCACGUACCCCAUUCACAUCACCGCCACGAUCCCCAACAUAUCCCCAUUACGCAAGCCGCCCACCUUCUCAGCCUCCACCAGGCCUUUAUCCCUUCCCAUAUCCCCACGUCAUGAACAAUUCACCUUACCAACAAGCAUUCUACCCCCCCUUCCCUCCAUCUAAUAUGGGCUUCACUUUACCAGAAGCGAUUGCCAGAACUGCUCCCGCAGGUACAGAGGAAGAGCGCAAAAGAUUGUUGGAAAAAGUGUCCAGCGUACUGCCUGAUAUCAAUCGCCUUCUGCACUAUUAUCAAGAAAGUCAAGGUCUUUUGACGGAAAAGGAUCACCUUGUAAAGCAGGUCGAGACACGGCAUGAAGAAGCGAUCAACAAAAUGAGGAUCGAGCUGAGUGUCACCAAAGAGGAAUACGAGAGGAUCAUUGGAGAACAAGCUGGUGAGAACUUGCGACUGAAAAGUGAUGUCAGUGAACAAGCAGAGAAAAUCUCCCAUUUGAAUGAGAUACAAGAUGAAUUUGCCAACCUGCAAGGCAGACAUAAAGCUUUGCUAGAAGAGCUAGAGGCUUCCAAGGCUCUUAACGAGGAGCUAACGAUGAAGAAAGGGCACUUACAAGAUGAGAUUGAGGGCCUUAAAAAUCAAAUCGACGCCAUCAACACUAGCCAUGAGCGACUAGUAGAGGAUAUGAACGAAACACACGCGAAGGUUGUCGCUGACAAAGAUGAUUCUUUCGCCAGGGUAGUGGGCGAGCAUAAGUCCAAUUUGUCGAAAAUCCAACUCGACUUGGCGGGGAUGAUCACAAAGCAUACGCAGCAGAAAAAGGACCUUGAUUAUGCUCGUUCGGCCAUCAUAGACCUCGAAGGCUCGCUAGCUGCAAAGGACAAAGAACUCGACGACGCACGGGAUUCGCAUGAACAAGUGCAGGCAGCAUUAAUAAGCGCAGCCGAAGAGAAGCACAAGCAACACGUGCAGGAAACAACUGUAUGUGCUGAGAAAUUGGCAGAAUCUAUCAGCAAGCAUUCUGCUGAGGUAGAGUUGCUCAAGACUUCCCAUCAGGAUGAAAUGGAGCGAUUUCAGCAAGCAGCGGACCAAGAGCGAUCGAAGCUGACUUCUACACUCGAACGAUGUGAAGCACAACUACAGAACGAACUUGAUGCUGCACAGGCCACUAUGGAAGACUUGAAGAGCGAGCUUGAUAAGGAGCGAGGUGCUCGCGAAGCAGUAGAAGCCAAGCUUGUGGUCAAGACACAGGAGCACAGUAUCUUGAAGGAGCGUCACGAGACAGCGAAUACUCAUCAUGCCGACCUGGCCAAGGCAAUGCUAAGUUUAAGGGCCAAACAGACUGAGUUGCAACAAGAAAGCGAAAGGAUGGACCAGAUCUUGCAGAGUAUUGGAGAGAUCGGCCACGGCAAAGGAGAUGCUUUCUUUAUUGAAUCUUUUGAUCGGCUAGCGUCUUUGAUAGAAGAGGUUUCGAAGCACUUCGUGAUCGAUCGGUCACGGGAGGCAAGCAGUCCUGGUAUCUUCUACGACAAAGCCGAGGUUCUGGGCAUCAACGACAGCGCAGCCUCCUCUCGGGAUCUACAGAGUCUUGUGGUCCAAAACCGAAUAUGGACAGUGCUCCAGAGACGUAUCUUUGAGCCUUUUCUAUUCACUUCCGACUACGGCGCCUUGGAGCAGCUUGGUAUAGGCAAGAGUCUCAAGAUGGUAUCUUGGUUGAUGAGACGAAAGAGUCUACGAAGAGAGGCGAUUUGGAGGAGUCUCACAAUGCAAACCCUAUACGCCAGUGCCUAUGGACGCAAGGCUGCGGCAGCCACAGCGUUGUCAGUCACGAAGGAAAUAAUGCGCGACAUUCAGGCCAUCAUGGCCGACGAUUCCCACUCAGCACUUUUAUGUGGUGUUCGAUUAAUCGCCAAAGCAGCCAUACAGAUCUGGCGAAGAGUCCGCCUGGAGCUGGACUCGGUUUACUCCACUAUGACUAUGGCUCCAUCUCCAGGAGAAGAUGCGAGUCCGUCUGAUGUUGUUAUGUGGAUUCGACCACAUAUAACAAAGGAGGGCCUCAUGGGAGACUGGUUGUCAAAAAACAUGACACAGAGUAGUGGAGCGUUGGGGAGUUCUUGCGUUUUCCUGCAGGGGACAGCUUUGCGCCCGAGUCCUCCGCUAGUACUAGUCGAGACACCAUUAGCAUGCCAGGAUUACAAUAAGGUGUAGUCAACUCUCCGUACGGAGUAGCUAAUCGGUAUUGUAGAGGGUUAAGGCAGGGCCACGAGGGUGUUUUCGGUACUGUAGACUCAUACUCGUAUGUAAAAUAGUGGAUCUGAUGGAAUCUGCCAUGAAUCUGCCCGGGGGGGUGGCAUCGGACAAGAGAGAUGGCCUGGUGCGGCUGUGCCUAGUAAGGCUGAUUCAGGUGGACAUUACCUGCAGUGUGCCUCGUGCGCUGGUGGCUUGGAGACUCUUGACCAGGCCAGUACUUUUGCCUUGCGGUAUCGAAAUCAAGCACCAUGGAACGUGGAGAGUUAUCCUUGGUAGUUAUUUCAUGGCUACUGAGUUCAUG